GCAAAAUCAGCUGUCGCGAAGUUUAUCCAAACAGAAAUUAUUAUCCAAAGAAAUUAUCCUCCGUGUUAGGAAGUGCAAAUUGUGAUGAUUUCUUCACGUAGUGCGUUAUUAGGAAGAUCAGUAGUAAAUGCCCUUCUGAGGAGCCCCAGUGGGGCUGUACAGAAGCAGGCAGUUCGCCGGGGACAUGCCUGGUCCUAUCGCACUGCGGCUCCACCCCAUUCUAAAGGAGUCAUCAUUGGAUCGUACAUGGUGGGUGGCUUCAUGUGGUGGUGGAUCCUGUGGCACCUCUGGCACGAACCUGAGCACUUAACCGGAGAAUUCCCGUAUCCGGAUCCCUCAAAGUGGACUAAUGCUGAACUAGGAAUACCCCCAGACGACGCAGAUGAGUAAAAAAUCCCCAGUUUUCGUUUAUCGCGAAAUUAGUGAAUUUCAGAGAAUCGUUAGAUUUGUCGAUUGACCAUCCUCCAAACAUUUGUAAGAAUCGGCUCUGCAAAAUAUAUUCUUUAUUAUUUAAAA